CAGGCUGAGACGGACAGCCGUAUGUUAAAGCAGCGCACUGUGACAACUCGGCCUGUCAACAGCUCUGUCACCACUUUAUCCCGCACUUUACCCGCACAGGACACCGCAGCCAAACUCCACACACACAUUACAGGAAACUUUCUCUGCAGCUGCUGCGUCUGGAAGAACAGGUAAAAGUUCUGCCACACAUCUCUGACCUGGUCCAUGUGCUGCCACUUAAAGAUGUGAGACUCACGGGUGGGCCGAGACCAUGCACUGAACUUCUUCUCUUCUUUGGUGUAGACGGGCCGCUGUCUUGUGCUCGCUACCCUCUGGGUUUUAUCACAAGAUCGACUCCUUCUUCUCAUCAUGUUAUGCGAUGCGUGCCAACACUGGCAUUUCAUAGUGAGCAGAGACAAAACAAAGGGAGGCAUCCAUCAGUCUGAGAACUUACAAUGUGAGCUCAUGAGUAAUAUUAAACUAACCUGGCCUGUGUAGGUACAUCUGCUGGUGCUUGUUAUAUUCUAGGCCUUUUUGUUUUUUUUGUUUUUUUUCAGGCCGAAAUCCAAUAUUUGCAGAUAAUGACAUUACCAUAGUGACAACAAGGGAAAAACAUGACUGCAUACUAGACUCCUUUAUUAAAUUACAAUGAUGUAGUAAAUUUAGUGAGAGUGAGACCGUCUGUAGUUGUGAUGGCUGUUGCCUCCUCUCCAGAGAAGGGUCAGCCCCUCUUGCAGCUCCAAGAGGUGGACUCCAGCCGAGUUGGAAGUCGCGUCCUCUCCCCCAUCCUCAGCUCCUCCUCUCCAGGACUGUCCCUCGAAACCAGCCAGCCCAUCUGCAUCCCCUCUCCUUACACUGAACUCAGCCACGACUUUACCACCAUACCUUUCUACAGUCCCACUAUCUUCAGCUAUGCCGCUCCGGGUAUUUCAGAAUGCUCCUCCAUGCAUCAGUCACUAAGACCUUCUUUAUUCUGGCCCAGCCAUGGCCACGUGGGCUCGCAUUUACCCCUGCACAACUCCCAGACUCGCCCUCAGCACAGUCAGCCAAUCCAGAAGCCGUGGGUGGAGCUGUCGCCACGGGACAGGGUCUUAACAACCAGCAAGAGUGUGAGGAGGCGAUCCCAGGAGAAUGAGGAGGGUGUGGUGUCAUCAGGCGGGAAGACAGACCUGCACUUCUGUGCUGUGUGUCACGACUAUGCUUCAGGCUACCAUUAUGGUGUCUGGUCAUGUGAGGGGUGUAAAGCCUUCUUCAAGAGGAGCAUCCAAGGACACAAUGACUACAUCUGCCCAGCAACCAAUCAAUGCACUAUAGACAAGAACCGCCGUAAGAGCUGCCAGGCGUGCCGCCUUCGCAAGUGCUGCGAAGUUGGCAUGACCAAGUGUGGUAUGCGUAAGGAGCGAGGAAACAGGAACCAGCAGACGAGGCACGUGACCCGCUUGUCCUCACAGGGCAGAGCUAACGGACCAAAGCCAUUACCCAGACCAGCGACAGGGUCGUUGAUGGAUCUCCAACCUCCUGCACUGUCCUCAGAGCAGCUGAUUGAGCGAAUAAUGGAGGCGGAGCCGCCGGAAAUCCUCCUCAUGAAUGACAUGAGGAGGCCGUUGACUGAAACCAACGUCAUGAUGUCUCUGGCCAACCUGGCUGAUAAAGAGCUGGUUCACAUGAUCAGCUGGGCCAAGAAGAUUCCAGGCUUUAUAGAGCUCAGUCUCUUGGACCAGGUGCACCUGCUGGAGUGCUGCUGGCUGGAGGUGCUGAUGAUUGGACUGAUGUGGAGAUCAGUGGACCAUCCAGGGAAACUCAUCUUCUCCCCUGACCUCAGCAUGAGCAGAGAAGAGGGGAGCACCGUUCAGGGCUUCGUGGAGAUCUUUGAUAUGCUGAUAGCCGCCACAUCCAGGGUGAGAGAGCUCAAGCUGCAGAGGGAGGAGUACGUCUGCCUCAAGGCCAUGAUCCUCCUUAACUCCAGCAUGUGUCUCAGCUUUUCAGAGGGCAGUGAGGAGCUGCAGAGUCGCUCCAAGCUGCUGCGUCUUCUGGACGCUGUAACGGACGCUCUGGUGUUGGCCAUCGCCAAAACUGGCCUCACAUUCCGCCAACAGUACACCAGACUCGCCCACCUGCUCAUGCUGCUGUCACACAUCCGCCACGCCAGUAACAAGGGCAUGGACCAUCUCCACUGCAUGAAAAUUAAGAACAUGGUGCCUUUGUACGACCUGUUGCUGGAGAUGCUGGACGCCCACAUCUUGCACAGCUCCCGUCUGCCCAGCCAGAGCCCCCAGCAGGAGUCCGCGGACCAGAUGGAGGUUCCCGCUCGGCCUGGCAGCUCAGGAGGCGGCCCCUCCAGUACCUGGACUCCCAGCGGCACAGGAGUUGUGUCACAACUGACUCUGGCUGGUUCCAUCCCGGAGGCUUCAUUAAGGAUUUCAUUAGCAGGUUUGAUUGUGGAUGGGAAAAAUAUUGUUGUUAAGCUCUGAAUCUCUUAUUGAACCUUCUCUCCUCUUUUAUUAAGAAACAGUAAUAGAAAAUACUUAAUUCAGUAUGACUAAAAUAAAAAGUGAGUCUCUCCUCUUGUUAGUGAGCUCUCUCUGCAGGACAGUUUGAGAGAAAAUACACAUCAUUCUAUAAUACCACUGUACAACUGCCAGUGGACUGAGUGUUUUUGUAGUUACACAGAGUGUAACCUAGAUUUAUAUCAUCAGGAUCUUCAGUAUUUGGAGAAAGUAUCUGCUACAUAAGGGUUAGGGUUAGAACCACUACAAACAGUGAUUAGACAUCUGAGAGUUUGUAGUUUAGCUUUUUAGUUAAUUGAAAAUGAAAAUACAGAAAGGUAAACUUGAUUAGAUUCAAUAAGAGAUUUAAAAGGAUUCAGAUUCAUUAUGCUGAAGUGUAUUCCAGGGUUUUACUUUAUAUAUUCUAUCAUUAAUUAGCUCCCGCUGCAGCACUUGGUAUUAGAAAUUGAAACCUACAACAUCAUAACUUAGUUUUGUGCAUAUUCAUAAAUUCACCAACUUCUAAAGUUAUUUCUAAAUGUUACAGAGUUCACAUCUUGACACUUGACACUGAUCUAUUGAUCUCAUGCCACACAUGCCUUUUUCUCACGCUGAAUUUUUGUAUUUGCUUCGUCUUUUUGUGAUUUUUAAAUGAAAGAACAGGUUUUUUUUGUUUUUCUUCAAGUUCAGACAGGUUAAGCCAUAGAGCAUAACAUGGAUUGUAUUAAUCAUGAUCUGUUUUAACUGAAAACACCCAACAACUAAUCAAUAUGAUGUGUGUUCUGGUGGAGCUGAUCAUUUAUUCAGAUAUUACUUCUGUUUGGAUAGACCUGAGAGACUGAAGAUGGGGAGUCAGAUGAUGGGAGCGACUUGGUGAGGAGCAUUAAUCAUUCUCAGAAAAAUGUGUGUUAUAUCUGGAAUGCAGUGGAUCAAUUUACCACAAAUAAUGCUGAUUUUACUAUGAACAAACUAAAAUACCCACACCCCUUUUCUCUUUGUGUGAAGCUAAGCUAACCAGCGCUGGUACAUAGAAGGUUCAUAUUUACUGUAAAUACAUGAGUAUAAUCUAACUCCCAGCAGGAAAGCAAUUGCCUAAAAGAACUGUAUGUCAACCUGCAACAUAAUUUUUUAUCAUAUAGAAUGACAGGAUGAUCAAUUUUUACUGUUCAGUAAAGUAGUAGAUACAAUUCAGCUUAAAACAUGGACAUAACAUUGCAUGUUCCGCUGUAUAAUCUAUAAUUUUCUAAUGUAAUAUCAAAACAGAAAGUUGGGAACAUCUCAUUACUGUCACGACCAAUUUUAUUGAGUUAGCUAACUUGCAUUGUAAAAAAUGGGAGCUUUUUACAGCUAUUGUUGCAUCACGGCAGAGCUCCAGUUGACCACUAGAGGGCACUUUACAUCACCUUCUUUCUACUGUACCUGAUGGACUUUCUUGAUGAUAUUUUACUCAUUUCUGUGAAUAAUCAUAAACAUUAGAUUGCUUUUUGGACAAUUGUGCAUUCAUACCCGUCACGUUUAGCCCGAAAGAAAAGGAAAAGACUAUUUUUUCUAUCUCUGCACUUGUUACUUCAGCUAUUUUGUGCAAAUUGUGCUGCACAACCAAGAUUUAUGGUUGUGCACCAAAUGUUGAAAAUAUCCCAUAUCUGAACUUCUGCACCAGUUCAGUCCUUCUGUCUGCCUUGUGUCUUUCAUCCAGUUGCCCUCUCCAUCACAUACUGUAUUAUCACUGUGUACAUGUACCUACAGUGGCCUUUAUGUUCCUAGAAAACUCAUACCUUGUUCUGUUGAUCACUUUGACAAUUAAGUGUUAAAAAAAGUAAACAUUUUAAAAGGUGACCAUCAAGAACAGAGGAAUCUUGACAUCAACUCUUCUCAUCAUUUUAAAAUACAGCAAGUGGAGGAGCCAGUGCAGUUUCAGGCACUGUUUGUUUUUGUCAUGUUUACCUGCUCUCUGGUUUAUACCAUAAAAUAAAGCAAAAAUAUUGUAUGGAUACAUGUGAGAAAUUGAAUUGUGGUGCAAAUGUCAUGUGAAGUCCUCCCACUCUUUACUCAUGUAUUCAAAUCCUCAAAUUGAGGAGAAUGGGGUGAAAAAAGGGUAGUUUCACUUAAUUUGUUGCAAAGACAUGAGGCAGAAUGAAAAAACUGCUCUUAGCAAACCGAGUUUAAGACAAUCAGUGUUUACUACCAAAAGAUGUGAAGCAGAAAUCCACUUUUUCAUGUCAUAAAUAAGCAUUAUAUUAUUACAGUCUGUACAUACAAGGAAUCCUGCUACAUCUACAGUGUUUCAACAGUGCAUCAGGAGGUGUGGAAAUGUCUACUCCAAAAAAAAAAAGGUUCAUAUAUAUAUAUAAAACUGCCAUCAUUUUACAUUCAAAUUGAACCAGUGUGUUUUAUCGUAAAAAAUAUACUUUCGAUAGAAAUCAGUCUAACGUAAAAAUACAUAAAGUCAGACAAAAUCUCAACAGUUCAUAAAAUAACAUACAAGUGGGACCUUGGCGGUAGUCAGAUAUGAAUAUAAAAAUGUAAAUGAUGAAAACAGUGUUCAUGUGGAAGUUUGUGAAAUAGAAACAAGGUAGUGGCUUGUUUAGUUCAUUUCCAUCAAAUGAAGCUUUUUUUCAAAUGACUGCAGUGAUCGAUUUUUUUGGAAGGUAAAUGGAAGAUAUUUGGUCAUAAUUGUAAUGUGCCGAGAUAAACUUAAAAAUUGUAAAGAUGAUA